AUGGUGUCCAUUGGCAUUGAUUCGAAAAAGGAGCCAGACGUCGUUUCGACGGGCAUUCCUGAUCUAAAGGUCCCGACGGAUGAUCUCGCGGAAACGCCUGUUCAACAAGAAACCUACACGAGUUGGGGAUUUGUUCGUAACAAAAGACAAAAGGCCGACCCAAACGCUAUUGCUACUGUGCGCAGUGUCUUUGACAACCCGGAUCUGGCCCAAUUCUACCACCCUAAACCAGAAUACGAGAAUUACCGUGCUUUUGACCCAAAUGAAAGAUGGACGCACAGAGAGGAGCAAGCUGUUCGCCGCAAGGUUGAUAUACGCAUCCUCAUCUGGGUUUUGGUCAUGUUCUUCGCCCUUAACAUCGAUCGUGGAAACCUUGGACUCGCCACAGCAGACGGUCUCGUUGACGACCUCGGCAUCAGCACGAACGACUAUAACAACGCGCAAAACAUGUAUCGCGUCGGAUUCCUGAUUGCCGAGUUGCCUUCACAAAUGAUUGGAAAGAAGAUUGGCACGGACCGCUGGAUCCCGACACAAAUCAUCCUUUGGAGUAUUGCCUCCGGCGGCCAGUUCUUCAUGACCAACCGCGCGGCAUUCUUCGCCUGCCGAUUUUUCAUCGGCCUAGCUAUGGGAGGCUACAUUCCAGAUGCACUGUUGUAUCUUUCAUAUUUCUAUAAGAACAGCGAGAUGCCUAUGAGGCUGGCCAUCUUCUGGUUCGUCAACUCAAUGUCCUCGGUCAUCGCCUCCUUCAUCGCCUACGGUGUCUUUAACCUUCGAGGCGUCGGAGGUCGCGAGGGCUGGCGAUGGUUGUUUCUGAUAGAGGCCAUAAUCAGCGUCACGAUUGGUUUCUUGAGCUUUCUCUUCAUGGUACCUGGACCUACCCAAACAAAAAGCUGGUGGAAAUCGACCGGAUAUUUUACCGAGCGCGAAGAAAAGAUCAUUGUCAACCGUGUCCUGCGAGACGAUCCCUCGAAAGCCGACAUGCACAACAGAGAGGGGAUUACACCUGCUAUGCUGUGGAAGAGUCUGAAGGAUUAUGACUUGUGGCCGAUCUAUGCCAUCGGAAUCUUGUUCCAAAUGCCCGGGGAUCCUCCCGGCCAGUAA